AUGCUGUUGGGGAUCCCGUUCCUCGACAAGCUCCAGAACAAGUUCAAGAGCCAGGUGCUCGACGAUGGCGUCGAUCGGCUUAAUUACAGGACGGCCGCCCUCAUAGUCCUCUUCUUCGCCCUGAUGGUCUCGGCCAAACAGUACACCGGGAAGCCCAUCCAAUGUUGGACGCCCUCCGAGUUCAACGGCGCUUGGGUCGACUACGCGCAUGACUACUGCUUCACCGCCGACACGUACUUUGUCAAGGACAAUGAAACGGACAGCCUGGACAGCGCGGAUCGUGGAAAGGAUAGCCGAAUUUCCUAUUACCAAUGGGUGCCCCUGCUGCUGGCCAUCCAAGCGCUGUGCUUCUAUUUGCCGAAUUGGUUGUGGAAAACGACAACUUCCUACUUCGGCAUCGAUCUCGAACACUGCGUGACGGCCGCUGUCAAAGCCAGGACCGCGAACUCGGAGAAGCGCCAGAAGGAGUUGGGCGAUGUCUCGAUCACGCUUGCCGAGGCCCUUGGUCUGCAGGACUACAGCAAGUUCAGGCGCCGCGAUCGCUCCUUCAAAUUUGGGGCUGACUACCUGUCGAACUCGUUGACGUCAUUCUACAUUUUCAUCAAGGCCCUCUACGUCGUCAACCUGAUCUGCCAGAUUCACGUCAUCAGCGCCUUCCUCAGCAGCGACCAUGUUUUCUGGGGAUUCAGCACGCUGGCCAACCUCGUCCAAGGCCUCGAAUGGGAGACCACCGGCUUGUUCCCGCGUGUGACCUUCUGCGAUUUCUACAUCCACACUCACCACUCCCUCGCCAACUACACGGUUCAAUGUGUGCUGAUGAUCAACAUGUUCAACGAGAAGAUCUUCCUCUUCCUGUGGUUCCUCUUCAUGCUGAUGCUUAUCGUCACCUCGAUCAACGCCGUGGCCACCGUGUUCAGCUACACCGUGGAUCGGUGCCGCGAGAAAUCUGUUUACAAGUGGCUCAAGCACGCGCCCGAAUUCGACCCCAUCCACCUGUCGCGUUUCAGCAAGGAUGUGCUCAAAGCUGAUGGAUGUCUUGUUCUGCGCUUUAUCGAGGACCACGCUGGGCUCGCUGUCGCACGGGAUGUCGCCUCGAAACUGUGGUCCGAAUGGAUUUCCGAGACGGGCGAUUCGACAAUGCUCAGCCUGAAGCACCGUAAACCCUCCGACCAGUAUCAAAUGAAUUCGAUGGAAAACAACCUUCUUCAUAAGUCGGCUGGCACCGGUCUUUGCCCCUACACCGCCGACAUGCUUUCGAAGAAGCACCUUGAUGCCGCCAGCGAAAGCACCUUCUCGACUAGCCAAGAAUCUGCAUUG